ACUCACGUGAGGAACACAGCAAAGAGAACCCCACGAGAAAACGAGGACAUUAGUUGCUUUGAUUUAGGAUGCUCCUACCUGCGAGGUUCUAUGUGUUUCGUGUUUUGUGUCUCUUUGCUGUGUUUGAAGCGGUAUGUCUGCUGGACACUGGCAUGCUCUUCCCCCGGGAGUCUUCCUCCAGAGAGGUGAAGGAGCUGAACGGGCGGUGGGACUUCAGGGCGGACAAGUCCCCAAACAGGAACCAGGGCUUCGAGAAGGCUUGGUACAAAAGUCCCCUGGCAGAGACUGGCCCAGUGAUUGACAUGCCAGUUCCUGCCAGCUACAAUGACAUCACCCAGGACCCCACACUGAGAGAUUUUAUUGGUUGGGUGUGGUAUGAGCGAGAGGUGGUGGUGCCUUCCCGCUGGAUUGCCGAUGAAGGAACAAGAGUGGUUCUCAGAGUGGGAAGUGCUCACUAUUAUUCAAUAGUGUGGGUGAAUGGGGUAAAAGUGACAGAGCAUAACGGUGGCCAUCUUCCUUUUGAGGCUGAGAUAGGCAGUUUAAUCCGCAAGGACCCAACUCAGCCAUGCAGGAUCACUAUCGCUGUCAACAACACUCUGACUCUGGACACUCUUCCUCCAGGAAAUAUCCAGCACAUGGACGACCACACCAAGUAUCCUGAUGGUUUUUUUGUGCAAAACAUCUACUUUGAUUUCUUCAACUAUGCUGGCAUACAUCGUUCUGUGUUGCUGUAUACUACUCCUAAGGCUUAUGUGGAUGACAUCACUGUGGUGACUGACUUCUCGGAUAACACUGGUCUGGCCUACUACAAGGUGUCAGUCCAAGGUGCUGCCACAGCCACCCUGAGUGUCACUUUGAUGGAAAAAAAUGGCCACUGUGUGGCUACCUCCAGCGGGCCAUCUGGAGUGCUCAAAGUAGUAGAUGUCAAUCUGUGGUGGCCGUACUUGAUGCAUGAGAAUCCAGCUUACCUUUAUUCUAUGGAGGUUCGCUUAACGGCAACCGACGAUGGAUCCACGUAUGAGGAUGUGUAUACUCUACCAGUCGGCAUCCGCACAGUCAACGUUACCAGCACACAAUUCCUCAUCAACAACAAGCCCUUCUAUUUCCAUGGAGUCAAUAAACAUGAGGACUCUGAUAUUCGAGGUAAAGGCUUCGACUGGCCCCUGAUUGUCAAGGACUUUAACCUUUUGAAGUGGUUGGGGGCCAACUCAUUCCGCACCAGCCACUACCCCUAUGCUGAGGAGAUCCUGCAGAUGUGUGACCGCCAUGGCAUCGUGGUGAUAGAUGAGUGCCCAGGAGUGGGCAUUAAAGACAUUCGCAGUUUUGGAAAUGCCUCCCUGACCCAUCAUCUAGCUGUCAUGGACGAGCUUGUACUUCGGGACAAGAACCAUGCCUCUGUGGUCAUGUGGUCAGUAGCCAAUGAGCCGGCUGCGGAGAUGCCCCCUGCUGACUUCUAUUUCAAGACCUUGAUAAAACAUACCAAAGCUCUGGAUCCAACCCGGCCUGUCACUUUUAUUACAGACAGUAACUAUGCCAGGGACAGAGGGGCUCCCUAUGUGGAUGUAAUUUGUGUAAACAGUUACUUCUCCUGGUACCAUGAUCCAGGCCACCUGGAGGUCAUCCCCAUCCAGCUUAGAGCUCAGUUUGAGAACUGGUAUGGAAAGUACCAGAAGCCCAUCAUCCAGAGUGAAUAUGGAGCCGACGCAGUGCCAGGGCUUCACAGUGAUCCACCUUUGAUGUUUUCUGAGGAGUACCAGAAGGCAGUCCUGCAGAGCUACCACAACGUGUUUGACCAGAAGAGGAAGCAGUAUGUGAUUGGUGAACUCAUCUGGAACUUUGCCGACUUCAUGACUGCACAAGAGAUCACACGAGUGGUGGGGAACAAGAAGGGGAUUUUCACCAGGGAAAGGCAGCCCAAAGCAGCAGCAUUCAUCCUGAAAGAGAGGUACUGGAGACUAGCAAAUGAAACGGGCAGGCUCCCUGUUUGGACCAAGUACCCCUGCUCGUUCUGACACCCGCCAGUUGGUGCACGCAUUCCAGGACAGGCUCGACUCCAAGUAAACACUUUGCCUCAUAGGAAAAAAAUGCUGGUAACAUCGUGCCAGUUUCUAGUAGGCCUGCACGAUUUGAGGAAAAACAUGAAUCGCGUUUUUUUUGCUUAUAAUUGAUAUCACAAUUCUUUUUUUUUUCCUUACAAAGUGUAAUGUUUAUGGCACACAUGAACCAUGACAAAACAAGACAAAUUGUCAGUACCAAACAUAGAUUUGUUUUUGGCACCUUUAGCACAUUACUCAUCGCCACAAGCCUGUAGACAUAGAGGCAUAAAUAAAGAGAAAGGCGCAAGAAGCAUUGCAGCGCUUGGGACCACUUUAAAACCUAUUUUAUACACUCUGUUUAAUACUCACAGAAGACUGUAGUAAAAUUAAAUGAGAUUCAAAGUCAUACAAAAAAAAGUUAUUAAAAAAGGAAAUCGUGAACAGAGUGAAUCAAGAUCGCGAUUUUAUAACGAUUAAUCAGUGCAGGCCUAGUUUCUAGGUGUGGUCGAGCGCACCUAUAACAUUUUUUCAAGCAAAUAAUUUUUUUUCAUGCUGACAAAAAAUGGGUUAUAGGAUCAGAAGAAUGAAGGGGUACCACUUCAUUUAGUUCUGAUACACACUUGUGAGGCAGUGCUUUCCAAACAAAAACAGCCAAUCAAAAUCCUUCAUCAGAGACCAGCUCUGACCUUUCCUGCAGUCCGGUGAUAGGAGUCCACCUGGCAGACAAAGCACAUCACAUUACAUUAGACACUGUUAAGGAAGGGGGUUCCCACAUCAUCUCGGUUUUCUUUUCCUCCAUGUGUUUGGGGACACUUUCUCAAAUAAACGCAACAAUAUAGUGUUUUAGCAGUUUCAUUUACCUGUUGGAAGCUAUGGUCGUUUCUGAGCAUUUGGUGUCAGCAUGUUUUAAAAUACUUAAAACAUGUUCUGUUAAUGUGAAUUGCAAUGCUGUAUCUAAUCAUAAAAGUGUUUUAUUUUUAUAAAUAACAAUCAAGAGAGAGAAUCAAUUUUGAUAUGAAUCAUGCUAUUAAAGACAAAAUAUGUACUCAA